UAUCGCCAGCGAUCUGGGCAGCCCUCUGCACGCUGACAGUCCUACUCCGUUGUGGGGAGCGAGUAGGGUGCCCACGAAAUCCAACCAGGAUAAGGAGACAGAUCAAAAUGGCGGCAAUGACUAUAGACCCGGUGGAGCAGCCUCGGAUGUACCAACAGAGUCUGCUUCAAGACGGACUGUGUGACCUCUUGGAGAAUGACAAGUUUGUGGACUGUGUCCUGAAAAUUCAGGAAGAGAAGUUCCCCUGCCACCGCUUGGUUUUGGCGGCCAGCAGCCCCUUCUUCAAGGCCAUGUUCCUGUCUGACCUGGAGGAGAGCAAAAACCGUGAGAUUGUCCUCAAAGAUGUGGAGCCAGGUGUCAUGGGGAUGAUCCUGCGCUACUUAUACACCUCUGACAUUAAUCUGACAGAACAAAACGUCCAGGAUAUCUUCAUGGUUGCUAACAUGUACCAGAUCCCCUCCAUCUUCUCUGUAUGUGUGUCCUACCUCCAAGAGAAGCUGGUGCUGGGAAACUGCUUGGCCAUCUUCAGACUGGGACUGCUGCUGGAUUGUCCCAGGCUUGUUCUGAAGGCUAGAGACUUCAUCUGCGAACGCUACCAGGUCGUUGUCAGGGACCAGGACUUCCUGCAGCUUGCGGCGAGCGAGCUGGCCAUCAUCAUCACCUCAGACGCCCUCAACAUUGAGCGGGAGGAGCUGGUGUUUGAAUCUCUGAUGGACUGGGUUAGACAUGACGAGACAAACCGCGCUAAGGAGCUGCCGGAGCUGUUGCACUGCAUCCGUUUCAGGCUCAUACCUUUGGACUACUUCAAAGAGAAAGUAGAGCGUCACCAGUACCUCCGGUUCAGCCAGGACAUCAAGAAGGAGCUGGAUCUCGUCAAGGAUGCUUACAGAGGGCGUCUCCCAAAGCCCAGUAAGAUCGACAGUGACGGGGCAAAGGGGGGAGAAGGAAGUGAGGAGGAGGAGGAGGACGAUGAUGAGGAGGACGAAGGGUACUUGCCGGGCAUACUCAACAACAACCCUCGCUUUGGGAUGUUUGAGCUGGAACUGAUACUUAUGAUCAGUGACACAGGGACUGUGGCCUAUGACCCGGUAGGAAAUGAAUGCUUUGUGGUCUCAGAGUCGACAAAGAUUCCCAAGAACCACUGCAGCCUGGUGACCAAGGAGAACCAGGUGUUUGUUGUCGGAGGACUUAUCUACAACGAGGAGGACAAAGACGAACCAUUCAGCUCUUACUUCCUGCAGUUUGACCCAGUGAGUUCAGAGUGGUUAGGGAUGCCCUCACAACCCAACCCUCGCUGUCUGUUCGGACUCACUGAAGCUGAAAACUCCAUCUUUGUUGUUGGAGGAAAGGAACUGAAGGAUGGCGAGCACGCCUUGGACUCAGUCAUCAUCUAUGACAGACAGUCAUUCAAAUGGGGAGAGUCUGACCCUCUGCCUUAUCAAGUGUAUGGCCAUGGGACCGUAUCACACAAAGGUCUUGUCUACGUCAUAGGAGGAAAGUCUGAAAGCAAGAAAUGCAUGAAAAGGGUCUGUGUCUACAACCCCACUAAGUUUGAGUGGAAGGACCUGGCUCCCCUGAAGACGGCCCGCUCCCUGUUUGGUAUCAUCGUCCACGAAGAACAGAUCUUUGUGGUGACGGGGGUCACAGACACAGGCCUCACCAGCUCCGUGGAGGUCUACGACAUUGCCACCAACAAGUGGUCCGAGUUCACAGAGUUCCCUCAGGAGCGCAGCUCUCUCAAUCUGAUCUCGAUGGGAGGUUUCCUGUACGCUGUGGGGGGCUUUGCCAUGAUGCCCAGUGAAACCAGUGAGGAGCCCGUCCCAACAGAGAUGAACGACAUAUGGAGAUAUGAUGAGCCAGACAAGUGCUGGAAUGGGAUUUUGCGAGAGAUCAGCUAUGCAGCGGGAUCCACUAUUCUUCCAGUGCGUCUUAACACUCUGCGCCUCACCAAGUUAUAACUGAAUAUAUAUAUAUAUAUAUAUAUAUAUAUAUAUAUAUGCUACAAGGUUAAUAGUGUAACAUUAGUCAUGAAGUAAAUGAGUGUACUCAUUAUGGACAUUGUCCCAAAAUUGGCUUAGGGUACAGACAAUUGUAUUUGGUCUCUGAAGACGAAAAAGUGUUAUGAAAUUGUUUUACCUUAAGUUUUCCAGCAGGGGGAGACAGAUACAUGUUAAGUCUAAGUAGAGGUGAACAUGAGUUCACAUCAAAUUUAUUUUAUAAAAAGCUAACAUGUUGAUUUGUACAUGUGUUUUUUUGUUAUAUUAUUUCAUAAAGUUUCUUUAAUACCUGUUUGCUUUAUUUGAAGCAGAAAUAAAGAUAACGGUUGACUGUA